AUGGCGGAGCUUUUCGAUGGCCGCACACCUGAGCAGCUCGAGAAGAGUGUCGAAAAGGGUGUCCAACUGCUGGGUGAUAUACAGCGAACUCUGCAAGCACAGCCUAGUCAUGAUGCGACUCAGUGGCUGCAGGCGGUUGAGAAGGUCCAAGCACAAGCAGUUCGCUCCAAAACUGUCAUCGGUGUGGUUGGCGCUACUGGGGCUGGAAAGAGCUCGGUAAUCAAUGCAAUGCUUGACGAAGAGCGACUUGUGCCUACAAAUUGCAUGAGAGCAUGUACUGCAGUUGUGACAGAGAUCAGCUACAACUACGAAGAGGGCGCCCCCUACCAUGCCCAAAUUGAGUUCAUUUCUCGUGACGAUUGGCACAAAAUGCUGAAGGUCAUGUUCCAAGACCUGCUCGACGGAUCGGGACAGGUGUCUCGCGAGUGUACAAAUGAGGAGUCGGAGAGCGGCAUCGCCUAUGCUCAGGUGAAAGCUGUGUAUCCCAAGUUGACCAAAGAAGAAAUGGAGAAGGUCCCAAUCGAACGGCUCCUGGCGCACGACAAUGUCGCAUGUUUAGGUACCACCCGCACCAUCGAGGCUGAUGACGCCCUGGUGUUCCACAAAAAGCUCCAGCAAUAUGUGGACAGCAAGGAGAAAGGUGGGGUCAAAGGAAAGGGCGAGAAGGAGAGAAAGAAGCCUCGAGAGAUGGAGUUCUGGCCCCUGAUUCGAGUGGUGAGACUUCAUGUCAAAUCCCCUGCUCUAGCCACAGGUGCCGUCAUCGUUGACCUCCCCGGUGUGCACGAUAGCAACCAAGCUCGUGCUGCUGUAGCCCAGGGAUACAUGAAGCAAUGCACGGGUUUGUGGAUUGUUGCGCCUAUCACCAGAGCAGUUGACGACAAAUCAGCAAAGAAUUUGCUUGGCGAUUCCUUCAAGAGACAGCUGAAGAUGGAUGGUGGAUACAAUGCGGUCACUUUUAUCUGCAGCAAAACUGAUGACAUCUCUAUAACGGAAGCCCAAGAUUCGCUGGGACUUGAGGAAGAGCUUGGACCUAUGUGGGCCAAAUGGGAUCAAUUGCGACAGAAGAAGACGUCCUUGAAGGAUAAAAUUGAGGGCCUCAAGGACACUAGGUCUGACAUCUCUGCUGCCAUGGACGCCGCCGAUGAAGAGCUCGAAGUCUGGGAAAAGUUGCAAGAAGACUGCAGUGCCGGUCAGACGGUCUUCAAGCCAAAACCGAAAUCUCUGAAGCGCAAACGUGCGGAUAAGCCUAGCAAACCUAGGAAGAAGCCAAACUACGCAGACCCCGAUACCGACGAUGACUUCAUCUACGAGAGUGACAACGCCGAAAGUGAUGCUGGCUCGGACUAUACGUCUUCCCAUACCAGUGAGGAUCAAGGCGAGCCUUUGACGGAAGACGAUAUCACCACCAAGGUUACCGAGCUGCGUAUUACAAAGAAGGAGGGUCGUUACGAAAGACAUAAGAUCGACACCGAGAUCUCAGCUAACCGACGCCAGAUCGAAGAAGCUGAGAAGGAGAACGAAAGCAUUGAUGCCUUACUAUCAAUCAAAUGCAUAUCAGGCCGAAAUGAAUACUCGCGAGGUGCAAUUCGACAAGAUUAUGCGUCAGGCAUACGUGAGCUCGAUCAAGAACUUGCCGAAGAGGCCGAUGCUGCAAACUUCAACCCGGAAGUCGAUGCUCGCGAUUAUGACGAAGUGGCUCGCAACUUGCCUGUGUUCUGUGUAUCUUCUCGUGCAUACCAAAAGCUGAAAGGUAGACUUCCGCGGGACAAAAUGCCGAAUGGCUUCAGUCAGAUUGAUGAGACUGAGGUGCCGGCACUGCAGGCCCACUGCAUACAUCUAACCACAGCUGAUCGCCAGGCUUCUUGCCGCCGCUUUCUCAAUAGCAUGUUCCAAUUACUCAAUUCUCUUCGGCUAUGGGCGUCGAACGAUGGCACCGGCAAGAAUCUCUCAGAGGGUCAGCUGCAGCGGGAGGCGCAAAUUCUGAAGGAGAGACUGACCAAGCUCGACUCUGCACUCGAAAAGACAGUCACCAACGUCAUCAAUGGACUGGCUGAAGAGCUCCAGGACAAGGUGUACGAUGGCUACCCAGCUGCCACAUCGGCCGCGAAAUCGCAAGCAAACGACACUGCUCGCAAGUGGGGGUUGCCUGUCAAUCGGGACGAUCGUUCGGCGGGAGGCCUCUACUGGGCAACGUAUAAAGCUGUGGUCCGCCGCGAGGGAUGCUUCACAGGUUCUGGUGGCUGUCAUAAUUUCAAUGAGCAGCUAGUCGAGCCGGUCAUCCGCCACAUUGCUGGUCCUUGGGAAUCAGUUUUCGCUCGCAGAAUGCCUGGCAUCCUCAACGGUCUCCCAUUGAACGCCGGUCGCGUGCUUACGGACUUCCAUAACGACAUUGAGCGUCGCGCUGUUAGAAACGGUGCUUCGAUUGCGUCGUUCCAGAUGUUGAAGCACCAGAUCCCUGUGUACAAAGAGACUCUGAAGGAUGCCAUGAACGAAGCCCGUGGUAGAAUCACGGAAAAGCAACGUGACAUCAAUCGUGAAUUCGAGCCUCAGAUCAGCGCACACAUGCUGGAGAUCUACGAUGCUUGCACCAGAGAGGCUGGACCAGGAAGCUUCGCUAGGAUGAAGGUCAAUAUGGAUCAUUAUGUGUCCGUGGAGAAAGAUUCCAUGUUUGACGACGCUGUCAACCAUAUUCGAGGACUCCUCAAGAAGAUGCUCAGCGGUGUCAAGGACGACCUGUUGACCAAACUUGACGCCAUUUAUAUUGCGAUCAAGAGAGACUAUACAGGCGUGGUGAUUGGCCAAGAGCAAGGCAAGACUGCCGAGCUUUUACCCCGGGAACAACGCGCGAUGCGAAAGUCAAUCCUCGAAGUUGUCGAUGGCGCUGAAAUGGUCUUCAAGAGGGCUCUUGGCCUCGAAGCAGAACCGGCGGCGGAGCCUGAACCUCAGCCUCAGCUUGAGCAGACAGUCAAGCAGGAAACAUCCGAUGAGACGAAGCAAGAGACCUCUGAGCAAACCAAUGACGCUGCCCCGCCAAAAGAGGAAAUCAACGUUGGGCAGCCUUCUGUCAAACAGGAGGUGAACGACGAUGCCGAGAUGCAAUAG